UAGAAGAAGAGGAAGAAGGUUCCGACUCCUCCUCAAUGGAGGAAGCAGAAGAAGUGACAGUAGCACAGAUGGAGAUAGUACCACUGUCUCCUCGCAGGGCUAAUAAACCAAGUUAUUAAAUGAUAAACACUAAACUCUUCCACGAUGCGAAACUCGGAGCGGUCGAAGGAAACGACUCUGAAGGAGAUCUGCUCCCAGGCUGUCAGGAAGCAUCUGGCUGCUCUGGGCACUGAGGCUGUUCUUGGUCUUCCCGUGCCCCUGAUUAAGGACCUUCUGUCUCAUCUGACAAUAUGUCAACUGGACAAACUCCAGCCCGCCCUCAACCAGAGAGGGAUAUCCACCUACAGUGGAUGGAUUGGAGUCCUGCGGGACAUGAGCGACCCUAACCAUACGAUAGACCUGCGCACCGAGGAAGAGGCCAAACGUGAAGUGAUGAGGACGCUUUUUCCGCUCGUGUUCUACGGCUUCUCUAACCAAUACAUCAGAAGGAACAUCGCGAAUUUAAACACCCCGUCGUUCCUGCAGGCUGCAGCUAAAUACGUCCAGCAUUUUUUACUCAUCCCGAGCUCCCCUAGGCCCCUUGAAGCUUUAAUUGCAGAGCAGUGGCCUCUCCUGAGCCUCUUAGAGAAGCAUAUAAGUAGUAUUGGUGUAACGCAGUCCUUUAACUUAUCGCAGAGGAAGACACAAAUCGUGUUGUACGUCCUCCACCGCCUGCUUGACCACGGGCGGGCUAGGAAACUAGUCGUGAACGUGCAGUGUCCUAUCGUGUUGGCCUGGCUCCUGCAUGGAAGAGGAUCUCAGUAUGUGGACCUGAUGCUGAAGAAUCUAAUCCACAGCAGGAAGGGAGGCGGUAUUUCACAAGUGGCUUCAGGCAGUGCAGACGGGGCCGGCCUCAGUCCAGGUCUUCAGACUGCGGCCUCAGAUGAUCCGGAUGAUGAAGGCACUCCAUCCAAACGUCCAAAGUUGGAUUCUGUGUCCCCUGAGUUGGAAGAAUCUGGAAAGGCGAGCUUCACCGUGGACCCGCAGUUCCUCUGUCGAGCCCUCACUCCGUGCCAUGGAGCGGGUGGAGAUGGAGCAGGAUCCUGUCCCUGGGGGCAGAUCGACUGUUUGGAGAUCAGACAGUGCGGGUCCGACGCCCUCAGAGUCCUGAACUUUGCCCUGCCCACCUUUUUCUGCCUCCGCUCUCUAACUCUUCACAGCACUUCGACCUUCAGGGACUCGGACGUCUUGGACCUGGCUCAGGCCUUGAAGAAGUUGUCCGACAGCUCCCGCAGCUCCUUGACGUCUCUGAGCAUCAGCGUCCUGCCAAACGCCAAACUCAUGGAGGUCCUGCUGGAUGCGAUCCCUGCCUUGAUGUCCGUGCAUGUGGAGAUCCAGACUGUGAUGUGGGGACCGCCAUUACAAAAUCAUCCCAGGGUUGCUGAGUCAGACGUGGCAGCAGAUCUGCCCCUGGAGAAGCUGACGGUGAAAAUCGCUGAGCUCCAAACUGAUCUGCGCUUCAUGACGUCUGUGCUGAGACGUUGUCCACAUCUCAUCUCACUCCACGUAGCCGGGCUGAGGUUACCCACGGGCUCCUCUCAAGGCCAGCUCCUCAGGACCCUCUCAGAGUCAAAUCCCUGUUUGAGGACUCUCCACUUGGACGACAUGAAGCUGUCUGAUUGUCUCCCUGAGAUUCAAAAUCUGCUCAAAGACUGCAAGUUGGAAGAGGUGCAGUUUAACGACUGCCGCCUCCUGGAGAAGUGCAGCGACAAAGAAGAGAGUCUGCAGCGGCUGGUGGCCGCUCUGAAGACGGUUCCUUCUCUCCACACGCUGAGUCUGGCUCAGAACCGGCUGGCGAAGAAUGUGUGUGUGCUGGCGGAUCUGUUCUCGGGAUCCUCACCAAGUUCAGUCAAAUGGCUCAAUAUCAGCUCCAACUUCAUUCAGCCGGCUGAGCUGCUGCGGUUCACUAACAGACUGAGGACGCAUCAUCCCCCGCACCAGCUGACCCUUGACCUCCGGAGGAACCCGGGGGACCGAGACCCCGACACGUGGACGGCCGCUCUGAAGAGCCUCCGUCCGUUCUGUGUUCUGCUCGUUGAAAGGUGGAAAUCCACCGACAUGCUGCUGGACCAUGUGAGCAAUAUGUGAACAAUCCAGAGCAUCCAGCGCCCCCUGUAGGAGGGAAGUGUAGCUGUGAAAAUGGUAUUUUCUUAAUGAUUUUUUUUUUUUUUUUAAAUAUUAUCUUGGAUGAAAACUUUUCACUGUUUAAAAAAACUAAUUCCAUUAGCUGUGUAAGUUUUUUGAAUUGUGUAUUUCUUUAACAUAAGCUUUCAUACAGUGGCACAGCAGAAUAAACGAGUAUCUCACAACGGUUUGACGUUUGAAUCGUUUAUUAAACCAGCGUCUGUAACACUGUGAGUGAUGGGGGAUGAAACUGCACCAAACCCAGACUGGAGCAUCAGAUUACUGGACGGAGAAGAGUGAUACGUCUCACAACUGUCCUGCCUGAUCGUCUCUGAGGCUUUUGAUUUAUGAAGUGGUGUGGAAAAGAAAUGCAAUAAAAACACUUGGUUCUAUUAAAACUUUUGUAAUUAAUACAUUUUAUUCUGAUUGAAAUGUGUGAGAGAUGACGAUGCAGCUACUGUAAAUGAAGCCUCUCACCAUUUCAAUAAAACAUUAAGGGAUAAUUUUUCUGUACGUCUCAAAAGUGUUCAGUAUUUUCUCCGGAUAGAUGAUAUCUCUGUUCUCAUGAAUAAUUUCAUUCACAAAUAUCAGGACGUAAAACGUUCUUAUACUUGAAUGGGUGGUGGGUCUCAACACGUACGUUGAGACAAAUGAGGUACACAGACGUUGUUACUUGUUACUUUUUUGUUACUCGUUACUCUCCGUUACCUUUUUCAUUACUUGUUACUUUUCUCAAGACGCUUUUGUUACUCAUUACAAUUUUCGGUAUGUUUUUGUUACACGUUACUGUUCUUUACUUUUUUUGUUACUUUUUCAUUAUUCGUUAAUUGUUCGUUAUGCGUUUGCUACUUUUUUCAUUACUUGUUACUUUCCACACCUUUUUAACAUGGUACUCUGUCAUUACUUAUUACUUUUUUCAUUACGUGUUUCUUUUCAUUACUUUUUCGUUACUUUUCUCAAUAUCCUUUUGUUACUCGCUACUAUUUUCGGUACGUUUUUGUUACACUUUACUUUUUACUUUUCAUUUUCAUUACUCUUUAGUUUUUGUUACUUGUUUUUUUUUUUUAGUUAUUUUCAACAUUACCCGUUUGUUACUCACUAAUUCUUGUUUAUUACUUUUUUAUUAUUAUGCUUUACUUCUCUUUACUUUUUAUUAUUUAUUUAUUACCCAAUACUUUUUUACUUGUUACUGCUCUUUACUUUUUUCGUACUUUUUCUUUGCUCGUUACGUUUUCGUUACUCUUUACUUUUCGUUACUUUUUCAUUAUUCAUUAAUAGUUCGUUACGCGUCUGCUACUUUUUUCAUUAUCUGUUACUUUCCGUACUUUUUUAUUACUUGCUACUUUUUUCGUUACACGUUACUCUGUCAUUACUUGUUACUUUUCGUUUUUUGUUACUUGUUAAUUUUCAUUACCUGUUACUUUUUUUGUGACUCGUUGCUUUUUGUUAAUAGAGGCCAAAGCUGUCUGUUAUUAUUUAUUUUUUCAAUCAGUGCACUAUAAUUAAUAAUAUAAAUAAAUUUUACUUAAUAUAAUGUUUUCUUUCUAUAAUCUUGUAACUCAAACUAUUUAAAUUAAGAACAAAUCUUCACUGUUUAAUAAAACAACCUCAUUAGCUGUGCACCACGUGAUAACUUCUCACAAUAGUACACAACCUUAACGUAACCUUCCAUUCGUUUUCCUGAAUCCAAGUAAAGCGUCACAAGCAAAUAAAGGACAAUCCCGUAACAGUUUGACAUUUGAAUAAUUUAUUAAACCAACGUCCGUAACACUUUCAGAGUCCUCUCUCAAACAGUGUGAGUGACAGUGGACAUUAAGUUAAAAACUGAAAAACCUGGAGAGUCGAUGUCAAGGUGAAGAGCAGUUUCACAGCAGCCAUAUCGCAACUUCUUGUCAUUUUCUUACAUAAGAUCACUGACACAGUCUUUUAGUAGGAACCAAGUAGAAAAAAACUCAGUCAGAAAAUGGAUUAAAAAGAGCGUAAUCUUUUUCUCUUAGUGAAUUCAUAAAGCUAAAUACUGAAACAUUACUACAGUAAAUUCAGUUGCUUUUCCUCGUACAUUGUCACGUUUUAGUAAAUUCAAGUUGAAGAUAGUGGAGUCCCCGGCUCUGCAUGCUAAUCGGUCAGUUUGCUGGGUCUAUCUACAACCAUUGCUUACAUAAAACAAAGAGUCUCACAAACACCACGUUCUCAUCCACACGGCUGCAACAUUUCUUCCCGGCCAUCUCUGAGGCUUCUGAUUUAUGAAGUGGUUUUGAAAAGAAAUUAAAUCUGUCUCUAAUUAAUUAAUACACCUGUAAUUAAUAGAGUUUGUUCUCAUACUUUUAUUUUUCAUUGCUUUUUUUGUUUUGUUUUUUUUUUUUUUGGAUUGAAAUCUGUGACAGGUGAUGAUGCAGCUACGGUAAAUGAUGCCACUCACCAUUUGGAUGAAACAUAAAGGGUUCGUUUUUCUGUACAUGUCUGAUUUACCAGCAUCUCAAAAGUGUUCGGUAUUUUCUCCAGACAGAUGACUUCCUGGUGGGGCGUGACUGAGACCAUUUACAAAUAUCGGGACGUAAAGGUAGAGAUCCGUUGAGAUCACAGAUGUCGAGGAAGAUGAGUUUAAAUUGUCUAUCAGUGCGAGGAAAAUUUACACUUUAUGACUUAAAUAAAAUAAAAUAAAA